CCAGGACCAGGACCAGGACCAGGACCAGGACCAGAACCGAGCCUGAAGUCUUCAUGUCCCUGCGCGCUCACAUCAAUAACGGACCGUCUCGUGCUCGCGCAUCUUCCGGCCGUGAGGCUCUGGUCCGCGCGGCUCCUACCGGUCCAGCAGGAGCUGGUGGCGGGAUCAGGGACCGGAAGUGCUGAUGACCUCCAGUUGCUUGGAUCACUUUGAUGGACUCUGACGUCACAUCAAGGCAUAGGAGCACAUCUGGAUUGAAGUAACUGCAGAUCUGCUGAUGACAUCAGGAGGAAAGAUGUGAGCAUCAGCAGUGACGUCAUCCGUGGCCUGCAGAUGGCAGCCUACAGCAGCCGUGACAUCAUAGAGGGUUACCUGCGGUGCAAGCUGCUGGAUGGGGGCGUGGCCUGGCGUUUCCCCAAGCAGAGGCAUUUCCAGUUCCCUUGGAGAUCUGAGGAGGGCGGGGCUCCGGGGCCCCUGCAGCUGGCCCUGCCCCGCCUGCUGGCGGCGUUACGGAAUGCCAGCGAUGAGCUAGAGGGGCGUUAUGGCAGUUCCCUGCAUGGCCAGGUGGCGGCGCUGCGUCACAGGGAACUCGGUGGCGCCGCAGCACGACAAAGCCUGGCGCUGAUCCGGGACGAGCUGUUCAGGGACGGAGUGAACUGGGGACGAAUCGUGGCCAUGAUGGCGCUGGGAGGAGCCCUGAGCGCCCAGGCGGCCCGGACGGGCGAGACGGGUCAGGUGGACGACAUCGCCGACUGGAUGGAGGAGAGCCUGGAGGCCGCCGCACUGCGUACAUGGAUCCAUGACAACGGAGGAUGGGAGGCCUUCGUGGAGAUGUAUGAGUGCAGACCUCCAGACACCUUCUGGAGCCUGAGAACCGUCUUUGGGAUGGUUGUACUGGGAGCAGCUUUCAUCACACUGGGACUUCUCCUCGCUCAGAGAUAGGAGCCGCUGAUACCUG